AAGAAUUUCAUCUUUUUUUUCACAAUUUUCGAUUUUAUAUAGAAGCCUUCCUAUGCAUAAUCAUUAAAAUCCGAUUUUUAAGGUUUAAUAAUGACAUAUUAAAAAAAAAAACGAUUGGAGGCCAGCCGGUAUUCUGGAAUUCCUGGGUCCAGCGCCACGGUUCUCUCGGUACUGCUCGGUACGAGUACGAUCGGUCGAUCCUGAACGUCGUGAAGGUAGCUGCGAGUGGCGGCGGGCCGGCUAGUUAACCCGCGUCACUCGCUCAGCCGGUUCAGUCUGCGCGCGAUCGUGCAGCGUGAUGCAACGUGACGUGAUGCGAUAGGACACGACGUAACGUUACGCCGGUCCCUGAGACAGGAGAACAGCAACAGCAGCUGCCGCUCUUUGCGCGAGCGAGCGAGUGUCGGUUGACGUUUCAGCCGUGAGAAACCCGUUGGCGGAGCGUUGCGCGCGCGGGCAAGUCGACGCGAGUAUGCGGGCAGCCCCGUUGGCUGGCUGGCUGGUUGGUUAGUCGGUUGGUCGGUUGGUCGGCUCAGGUAUCUCGUCUCUCACGUGCGUGCGUGCGUGCAUCUCCGUGUACGUGCGUCUACCUUACGCGCGUGCGUCCAGCGCGCGCCGCGCCUGUGUGUGCGUGAGGUUUGAAAAUUUGAAAAGCGACGUGUGGCGCGAGUGCCGCGGGUAGCCGCGCACGGUGCAGGUGCGCGGAAAAAAAAGUAAAGAGAGAGUGAACGAGAGAAGAAGUGCCGUUCCGCGCUGCACGAUCGGCAGAUAUUCUUAUCGGCUUCCAAGUGCUUCCCCGGAGGAGAGGAUUCACGUGACGGCGGGACCGUGAACCGUCGUCGCGUCACGGACUCUUCGUCGUCGUCGUCGUUCCCGUCGCCGAAAACGUCGGUGUUACAGCCCAGCGGAAUGUGGCACGAGAGGCACCACCGGCACCAUCUCGGAAGCCAUGCCGGCUGACGAGACCGUGCGCACCCGACGUGAAAACGGUGGUAGAAGACCGAGCUUGCAGCCGCCUUAAACGCACCGAGCGACCGAUCGGCCGAUCGCGUCGUCACCGUCGAUAAAGAGAGAGAAAGCGAGAUAGAAGGAAAGAGAGCGAUCCCUUGCGCGAACCGAUCCCGAUCAUGCUCUCAGCGAACUCGUCCCGCCGCUCGGUUAUCGUCGCAUAGUUUCGCGCUGUGAGCAUGAUAUGUGAGAACCGCCACUGCAGUCGCUGACGGAUGCUGUCGCCAUGGUGGAACUGGUGUGCAGCAACUCGCUGAGUCCGGGAACAUAGCGUGUCCAGCGUCUUCUUCACGCGCAGACUGUCGCUCUACCCGCCAAGGAAUCGACCGAUCGUGGGGAACGAGGGGACGGGGGGAGGGGCCUGCGGCCUAAAAAGUGUGACGAAGAACGUGCGCCUUUUACGGAUUUUCGAGAAGAUAAAGAAGACCUACGAGGCCGACGGCGGUUUUUUUUUAACGAAGCGAUUUAUUUUUCUACAAAGAGUUUCGACUUCCGAGAAGCUCCGAGACAACGAAGAGGCGAGAUUAGGCCUGAUGGUCGAUUUAUUUCGUCACUGGACAUUCCACAGCGUGAUGACGAGAGUGAGUAACGCUCCUCGAUAUGUGACGAAUCCCUAGUCUAGAGGGAGAGUGCGUAGCGAACCCGCGUGCUAUGACACGGCGGACCAGUCCCGAAUCGGCAGUCUCUUCCGUCACGGGGCCGCCAUGUGAGGAUCGACGCGGCAGCGACAGGAGAGAGAAGAGGCCUAACUGCGCGUGACAGCAGCGUGCCGAGUAAUGCUGAAGCACAUCCUGACGGGGCAGCCGUCGUCAACGGGCUCCAGGCAUCAUCACAAUGAUUAUCAGACGAGCUCGGGCUCGUUGCACGGCGGGCACCAACAUCAUCAUCACAUGCACAACAACUCGCUGCACCAGCAAGAACAGCAGGCGCAGCCGCAACAGCAGCAACAACAGCAGCAACACCAUCAUUACACCGGGAGCAGCGCUAUCCGUGGAUCGCAUCGCGGCAACAACGGCGGCGGUCCCGUCGACGUGUACGAUUCCACGGCGCCGAGAUCCGCGACGACGAACGCGCACCAUCAAACGGCGACGACACCCUCGUCGACGCACCGGCAUCCGCUCAACCACUCCCAGCUGAGCGUGAACAACCUGUCGCAACGGCUGAAUCACUCGCACGCGCUCAACCUGUCGACCCUGUCGACGUCCAAGCACUCGGUCAACAGCGUCAGCCCGAUUGGCGGUACCAACGGCACCAACGGCAACAACGGCAACAAUACCAGCGGUAGCAACAACGGCAACCACAACGUGAGCCAGUUGGGUCACACCGUAAUCCCGCAAACGGUCGCCUCGCAUCAGGACAGGCCGAAGGCGAACGGCGGCUUCGACAUCUCCCGGCUGUCGCGGUUGCCGAGCCAAACGACUCCGUCACCCGCGCUGCCCGCACCGUCCACGUUGCCCGUCGUUGCCGGCCAGGUGGCUGGCGGACCAACCUUGAUACCCUUGAACGCCUCCUGGUCCUCGUCACUGUCCAGGAAUCUUCAUCGCAGCGACGAGGCCGGCGUGAAGGAGAUGCUGACGAGUCUCGGGCUGCUGUGCCUGGUAUCCCUGCUGCUGGCCCUGCUUUCGGUCAUCUUCCUGCUGAAGAUCUCCCCGCUCACGGUCACCUCCAACAGCCUCAUCAGUCCGGAGGAGUUCGUCAUCGUCUACGAGGUCACCCUGGCGCUGUGCGCUCUCGCGCUCUCGCUCAACCUCUGCUGCCUGCUGGUCUGCGCCAUACAGUUCCUCUUCGCGGUGAAGCUCGUUAAGACUUCGUAUCAGGGACACCGGAGUAACAAGUACCUGCAAAAAUCGUCCAUCAGCCGCGUGUGCGCUGUCGGAGGUUUCUUCAUUAGCAUUCCGGUCUUCUUAACUGGCAUGAUCCUGUACACGUUCAUCCAGUUCCACUCGACGCCGGCGAUCGUCACGUCGAUCUUCAUCGGCCUCGGCAUCGUGUUCUGCGGGUGCGCCAUGGUCCACAACGUCUUCGUGUGGCAGAAAGAGAAGACGAACGCGGUGAAGGCGUUCGCCCGCGAGCAGUGCGAGGCCGCCGCGGCGCAGCUACAGCGCCAACAACAACAGCUGCAGCUGCAGCACCAACCGUCACAUCAGCAGUCGGCGCACUCGCAGCAUCAGCAGCAUCAACACCAUCAUCACCAGCAACAGCAGUCGCAUCAUCAUCAUCAUCAUCACCAUCAACCGCAGCAGUUGCAGCUGCGAGCGACGUUGACUCACGCGGGCUCCAAGAUUGGCGGUGGCGGUCCGAUGACACAUUCGACCGCGAGCCUGGCGCAGUCGGGACGCGGCGUUCAUCACUCUUACCAGCAUCAUCCGCACCAGCAUUCUCACCAGCAACGUCACGCCGCCUCCAUGUCGCCGUCGUUACUGCUAUCGCCGCACGCCAUGCAGCACAAUCACAGUCUGGUGCAUCGCAUCACGGCCGCAACGGCUGCUGCCACACCGCCGACGACCCCGGGUGAUCGGUCACCGCCGAGCCCCGGCGGUGGUGGCGGCAAGCUCAACAGGUCGCAGCAUCUGACGCGCGAGACGAGCGGCAGCGUGAGUCCAGGCCUGCCGACGGCUACGCUCGACCUGAGCAGCGCCGCGAACACCAACAGCCCGCACGAGCUAUCGACUCUUGUCUAGGAGACAGGGCCUAGAUGGAAGAAACUUGGACGAGGAUAAAAGGAAGGAAAGACGUCCUCUGAUCGAUCGAGUUAUUUCCGAAUCCGUUGAACCGACGUUUGCGAAAGCUGUAUCCGUUUGGAGAUGACCUCCUCGGUGGCAUCACGUGGACUUUGCUUCGGCAACGUCGAAGACAGAUCUGCCGACUUAGCGAGUGCCUUUACGAGACUUUGUUGACUCCGAUAUGUGCAUGCGCGUGUACUGAUCGCGAUUGAAGAAUUUAUCUUUAAAUUGCUUUAAGGCUGUACUUGUAAAAAUCUGAAGGGAUGUCGAGAAGUUGUUAAACGGCUGAUUUUGUACAGAUAGAGCCGGCGUUGAUCUAAGAAGGGGACCAAAAACUGCUGAUUAAGGCUGCCUUGCUUAUUUCGCCUCGUUAUUGCGUCAUUAACGUUAUCAGUGCACCGUCACUGCGACAUUGGAGCGAAUAUUUUUUUUCGUUUUUGCCUCGACGCGUCCAAUCACGAAAGCCAAGACGAGAUUACCCAGAGAUAUCCCAGGCCACCGUGAUGAUGGCGAGUCCUCGGCGAUUUUUACCCACCGCAUACAUAACGUUCACGAUCCUCGACGGGCGAACGAGUCGGAAAAACGCCGAGCGAAAUAAAUUAGAGCUUGUAUUGGAUGAGAUCUUGUCAGCCGCGUCUUUGUCCGUACUAUUCUGGCAAUUACCGGCGGACCUUGAGACCAUGCUUUCAGAGCCACUGACCGUCUUUACAACCUGGGUCAUUAAACCAGUAUUACUCGACCCAUAAGCGUUUUUGUUUCUUGCCCGCCGAUACGCGGUUCGCUUGCGCCAGUCGGAGAAUUCGGUGAACUGUCUUAAUCCUGCUAGUAUUGUAGCUAACAUGAUUUAACGACUUGUGCGUUCGUAGCGCUAGUUCCUGUUAGCCUUGACUAGCUACAUUCUUUUACAUAUCGCCGCAAUUUCCUCAAGCAGGUUUCGCGCGCCCAAUUCUUCAACGCGCGUUGUACAGCGUUCCCGUUGGAGAAAUUUCACGCUGCACGCCGAUCAUCGACACCGAGUAUCAUUUUGCCGAACGAAACCUGCCGAUUUAUGCUUUAUUUACGGCUCAUAUAUCCCGCUAUCAGCGAGAACAGCAACAGGUUUCCGUAACCUGUUGCGCAACGUCGACAAGAAAAAUCUCUUGCUAUCGAAUGCGCGUUGCGUUGUGUGCCUCGCAAGUUCUUUCCGGUUUACCCGAUAUUACGAUGAACUCUCGCGAUAUCAGCUGACCAGGAAAGAAUUCGCGUGGGUUUGGAAAAAUUUAACGCUGACAAUAUUGCCGUAUCGACUGCGAUGGUUGAAAUGCGCUUCGACAAUACGCACGUAACAAUGUGCACGUACUUUUCGAUGCCUUAGAAACCCCGAAGAGACGAAAAAAAUUGGCACGUGUGUGAAUCUUGCCAUGUCCCCGCUUAUCUUAUUAUUACUAUUAUUAUUAUUUGUACUUAUAUCGCAGAAUCUCUAGUCCUAGAUUACUCUCGUCCAUACAGAAGUAUAAGACUUUAGAAUUCUGAUUCAUUGCUGCUGAUGAAGUACUUGAAAUUUGUGAACUCGUUAUUUAAAAUGCCGAUAUCAGGUUUUCUCUUCCCACGAAAUUUGAAUUUUUUGAGAGAAGAUUGUUAAGGAACGUUCAUGAUCUCACAAAAACAAUCAAAAAAGCAAUUAGCUGACCGAGUUUGUCGAGUUUCAAGGUGUCUGAUACGAUCUGUCUGAUAUGCGAUUCCUCUUAAACGAUCAGCAUAUUUUAACACUUAAAAGUAUCGAGAGCUACGAAACCGCUAUGGGUUUAUGUUUAAUGUAGAAUUAUGCUUAUACAAUUUUGUAUCGUUACUGUGUGUAUGCGUGCGUGUGUGCGGUCGCAUGAAAGUACGUAUUUUAAAAGAGAUUUUAUAAGUAAUCAGGUCAAUAUUCAGAUUCUUACAACAUCAAUGCAAAGAUCUUUUUUUACAAAUUCGUUCUCACUUUAAAUGCUGAGACAGUAUCGUCGAUCGUUCCGAUAUUAAACGUUGAAACCAUAUAUCUAAUUUGUAAUAAAAUUCUUGCUGAAUUCAAUAAUAGCCAAAAUGCAAUUUUAAACUAUACAAAUGCCAAUUUCGCGAAUACAUCGAUGCUUAUUUCAAGCUUGUAUUAUUAUGUUCAUAUCUAUGCGAUCAUAUGUAUAUACUUAUGUUUCAUUCGAAAUACAACUUCCUGUACAAUCGAGAAAAGAAGAGAAAGAGAGCAGUAGAAAUUUGCCCCGUUCGUAUUGCUGAACCGUGAUACGAAUCGUGUGGUAACGUAUUGCGUAAAGUCGUCCGAUAAUUCAUAGGUAUGGCGUAACGCUUCCGUCGUCGAAGAUAAGUAGGAGUUUCAUAUUCACGGAGGAGUUACGUUUCCGUAAAAGCGCCGCGAAUAUGAGAUGUUAAUAUUCGCGGCGCGGGUAAGGAUACAGGAACUGAGUGCACAGGAAGAUUUGAUACACAUAAUGUACAUAACGAGAGAAAAUGAGGCAUAUCCUAGGGGCGUAUUCGAAACGGUCAGGGUAAAACAUUGAAAAUAUGUAAAUUGCGCGACAGCGUGCGUGUAUACACUUCACGACGAUUUGUAAGUAGCGUAGUUAAUAAGCGUCUCUGCUAAGUAGCAGUACGUAACUUAAUCGAGUGCGAGUUAAGUUAUUCGUUGGGUCCACAUAUAAACGCGCAUAGUACAAAAGUAUUGGGUCAGUCAAAAAGUUCGGUUCGAUUUUUGCGUCAAAUUUUACUUUAAUUCAGUGCAUUCAGUAGAAACAAAUUGUUAUCAACCAAGUAAUCGUUGUCUAUGAUUAGAGAUUAUUGUUUAUGAUAUGGACAUUAUUAACAUUAUUGUCUGUGUUAUUAAUUACGAAAAUUGAUUUAAAAAAUUAAAAAUCGAACCGAACUCUCUGACUGACUCAAUAUGUUAGCUUUAUGUACUGAUAGUUACGUAAUAACAGUACAUGUACUUGAUAAUUAAUUAAAAAGAGAGAAAUAAAUUAUUCUGAACGUGUA